AUGAAGAAAGUAUCUUGGGAAGACAUCUCGCAAUCGGGAAACAGCCUUCUUUCGCCAGCCUGGAAGCUGAACGGCCACGUAUUCACUUCCGGAUGCUUGGGCACUGACGCUUCAGGAAACUUGCCUGAAUCUGUUGAACAGCAGACGGAAAAUGCCAUCAAGAACUUGGAGGCCGUGCUCAAGUUCUCUGGCCUGGACCUCAACCGUGUAUUGAAGGUAUUGCUUUUCAUUUCCAAUGGUGACGAUGCUGCUGUGGUUAACAAGGUAUACGCCAAAUACUUUCUUAACAAGCCAGCACGGUCAUGUGUGAUUUUGCAAUUCCCCAACCCUAAUGUCAAGGUUGAAUUGGAGUGUGUUGCUGAGUACAUCGAUUACGAGGCUCCUAAGCUUUAG